CUCGUAGGUCACUCCCUCUUGCGGCUUCACGUCUGCGUAAUGCUCCCGGUGAACGCACCACGCACCAGGAUGACUUGAGGGGGUUUGUCCGUCUCUCAAAGUGUGCCUUUAAUUACAGGAGGGCGAGAGUUUUCCGUACGGAGCGGCUUGUCUUAUUGAAUGUGGCGUCUUGACAGAAGCGUGUAAAGCGUGUGACACUCCUCUCUCAGCAUGGAAAACACACCGCAGGACAGCGUAUUUAUGUAAACCCACUUUUAAUCUUGGGAUAUGGACUCUUCUACGAACAGCCUGGAGGACGUAUCUGCAGACAGUGCAGAGUUCCCAGACCGGACGUCCUUAAUGGAGGUGCGCCUCCAGGCCCAGGAGGAUGAGAUCACGCUGCUCAAGUCCUCGUUGGCUGAUGCUCUGAGAAGGAUCCGCCUUCACGAUCAGCUCCUUCCCCUCCUCAAACAGCAGCUCAUUGCAGUGAACCCAGGGGCUGCUCGAGUGUUGAACCAAGUGUACUGCUCAGAUGGCUGCAGUAACAACAGAAAACACUCCAUAGACCGUCAGCCCAUCCCCAGCCAUGUGUCCAACAACAGCUCAGUGCACAGUACAAAUGGCCCCACAGCAGCCCCACUGUCCGUGGAGCCCAGGACUGAACCCUCCACUCAGGACAGAUCCACUCAGACUGAACUCCCCCUGCCUGGGCUGGAGACACCUCAAACCAAACCUGUGUUGGACCUGAGCAGAGGCAUGCGCAGCCUCCACCUGGAAGAUGGCCUCCCCCGUGAAAACACAGACCAGUCUGUUGAUAGCACCCGUGCUAAGCUCCACCGUGUGGCAGGUAUCGACGAAGAAACAGAGGAACCUGAGGAGGAGGACGGAGGCAGUGAGGGGCAGGACAAGGAGAUGGGCUGGUCUUCUGCCAUAGAGGAGCCCAUCCAGCCCACCAAUAUCAGAAGCCUACAGAGGGAGGACUACCUGGACCGCAGCUCCUCUCCAGAUGAACAGAGCCCCACCUCUACCCUGGGCAGGAGCCCUGACCAAAACCUGCGAUCAGCCCCACUGUCUCCCAUCCUGGAGGGAGACAAGAAGGCCCUGGUCAGGAGGAACAGUGAGAAGCUGGUCAAUGACAAGCCAAAGAAACGACUGGAGAAGAAGGCAGCGUCCUCGGCCAACCUCCUGAUGCGCUCCCCCAGCCUGGAGAACCGGGCCAAGGAUCUGGUUUCCAGUGCAGGGUCAGGAUCCAGGAGAGGAACCUACAGCCAUGGACAGUCUAUAAAAAUGUUCAUCAGAGGUCGGCCCAUUACUAUGUACAUACCUUCCAACAUCCACAACUAUGAAGACUUGAAAAUGGACACUCCCUCCGAGAGGCUAGAACUGGACUGGGUUUACGGUUACAGAGGCAGAGACUGUCGUGCAAACUUAUACUUUCUUCCCACGGGUGAGGCGGUUUACUUCAUCGCCUGUGUGGUUGUACUGUACCACAUCAACAACCGCACACAGAGGCACUAUCGAAAACACACGGACUGUGUGCGCUGUCUCACCAUCCAUCCUGAUAAGGUGCGAAUAGCCUCUGGUCAGACAGCAGGUGUGGACAAAGACAAGCCACUGUUGCCUUGUGUUCACAUCUGGGACUCCAGCACCCUCGUCACUCUGCAGCAGAUUGGUUUGGGCACGUUUCAGAGGGGAGUUGGAUCUGUCGCCUUUUCAUUUGCUGAUUCAGGUGCAUUCCUGUGUGUGAUCGACGACUCUAAUGAACACAUGCUGUCAGUGUGGGACGCCAACAAAGGCACCAAACACGCAGAGGUCAAGAGCACCAACGAGGCUGUUUUCGCGGUGGAUUUCAACCCCAGUGACAGUAACAACAUCAUCACCUGUGGAAAAUCCCAUGUUUACUUCUGGACCUUCAGCGCGGGGCAAUUUACCAAGAAACAGGGCAUCUUUGGAAAAUACAAGAAGCCUAAGUUUAUUCAGUGCUUCGUGUUCAGCCUGACUGGGGAUGUGCUGACCGGAGACUCAGAGGGUAACAUUCUGACAUGGGGCAAAUCGGCUGCAGACAUCAAAACCCUCGGCAAAGGAGCUAAAGAGACCUUCCAGAUCAUGCGUCAGACCAAGGCCCAUGAAGGCAGCGUGUUUACCCUGUGCACUCUGCCUGGUGGAGGUCUGCUGAGUGGAGGGGGCAAGGACCGGAAGAUAAUCCGCUGGAGUGCCGACCUGGCCCCUGAGAGAGAGUGUGAGAUUCCAGAGAAGUUCGGAGCAGUUCGGACUCUUGCCGAUGUUGAUGGAGUAGAACUUUUAGUGGGCACAACUAGAAAUGCUAUUCUCAGAGGAAGCUUCUCAGACGGAUUUGUGGUUAUAGUCCAGGGCCAUGUGGAUGAGAUGUGGGGCCUGGCCACACAUCCCGCUCAGGAUGUUUUCCUCUCUUGUGGGAAUGACAAGCAGGUGUUUCUGUGGAAUGCCGAAGAGCACAAGAUGGACUGGUGUACCACCCUGGAGGAGUAUGGCUUAUGUGCAGACUUCAGUCCUGUAGGAUCAGUGGUAUCAAUUGGCCUCAGCACAGGAAAGUGGCUGGUUCUGGACCUGCUCACAAGGGAGGUGGUCUCUGAGUCCAUAGAUGGCAAUGAGCAACUGUCUGUCAUGAGAUACUCCCCAGAUGGCAGCUUUCUAGCGGUUGGGUCUCAUGACAACUUCAUCUAUAUCUACAGUGUGACUGAGAAUGGCCGACGCUAUUCGCGCUUUGGGAAAUGUAACGGCCACUCCAGCUUUAUAACUCACCUAGACUGGUCUAAAGAUGGGAAGUACAUCAUGUCUAAUUCCGGAGACUAUGAAAUCCUUUACUGGGACAUUGCCGGAGGCUGUAAACUAUUACGAAAUCGCUAUGAAAGCAAAGACAGAGAAUGGGCCUCAUAUACAUGUGUGCUGGGCUUUCAUGUUAUGGGGGUGUGGCUGGAGGGUUCUGACGGCACUGACAUCAAUGCUUUGUGUCGCUCUCACAAUGAGAGAGUGGUGGCUGUGGCUGAUGACUUCUGUAAAGUGCACCUGUUCCAGUACCCCUGUCCCAAACCCAAGGCACCAAGCCACAAGUACGAGGGCCAUGGCAGUCAUGUGACCAACGUUUGUUUCACCUACAGCGACUCUCACCUUCUUUCUAUGGGUGGGAAGGACACCUGUAUUCUGCAGUGGAAGGUUCAAAGAGUGGGGGACAGCAGAGAGAGGCUGGCAUCUUUGUCUUCUACGUCCACCAGUUCUCCAGAGCCUGCUGUCAGCUAGUGCUAAAUGGUUUACAGAGAGUCGAUGUUUGCAUGUGGACUAUUUUGCUAAUUUUGGCUAUGGACUGUUAAAGCCCGAGCAAGAUUUAUACAUGCCAUGUAAGAAGAGGAAUACUCUUUUAAACUCAAAAAUAACAAAGCCUUUUUGUUUUCAGGUGACAAGUUGUUGAUUAAUUGUGAACAUUCCUGUUACUGCCUAAUUUCAAACCUGUUUACCAAAGAUUUCUAUUUGUGUUUAUUGUCAGUGUUUGACUUCACAGCUUACAUAGAUGCUGUAUAUUAUGCCAUACAGACUGUGACUGUUUAACUCUAAUACAUCAUGAUAUGCCCAAGAAGGAGCUUGAUGUAAUUUUUUGUGUAUUGUAUUUAAUUUCUAUCUUCAAAAUAAAGCAACUGAACUUUGCAAAA